GUCUGCUCGAGGUGCUCGCGGAGCGAGCCUUGUGUUCGGCGGCACUGGGCUGGAAGUGUCAUUGGUGGCCGCAGCCCCGGUAGGAGACCGAGUCGGAGGAACCACGCGCCCGCGGUCCACGAUUGCUGGCAGGGAGCGGCGUGCCAGCGGAGCAACAUGCAGAUAGGCGCCUGGCGCCCUGACGACCCCUGCAGAGGAGAAGAGGCCGGGGCCGCGCUGGGUCGGCGGGCAGCAUGAAGGAGGCCGGGGGGCUGCUCGGCUCGGAGCGCUGCUAGGGAGCGGUGCGCGCUGCACAGUCGCCAGGGCGCAGCGGAGGGCGGGGAGCCGGGCAGGUCGCGCCAGCGGGCGGGAGCCGGUCGCCGGGAGCUGUUCUGAUUUCCGACGCGGACGCUAGGGGCCCGGAGCAGCCCCCGACCCCGGCGUGCAGCCAACAUGGGCAACGCGGGGAGUAUGGAUUCGCAGCAGACCGAUUUCAGGGCGCACAACGUGCCUUUGAAGCUGCCGAUGCCCGAGCCAGGUGAACUGGAGGAACGAUUUGCCAUCGUGCUGAAUGCUAUGAACCUACCCCCUGACAAAGCCAGGUUACUGCGACAGUACGACAAUGAGAAAAAGUGGGAGCUGAUUUGUGAUCAGGAACGAUUCCAGGUGAAGAAUCCUCCCCACACUUACAUUCAGAAGCUCAAAGGCUAUCUGGACCCGGCCGUAACCAGGAAGAAAUUCAGACGGCGUGUUCAAGAAUCCACACAAGUGCUAAGAGAACUGGAAAUUUCUUUAAGAACCAACCAUAUUGGAUGGGUCAGAGAGUUUUUGAAUGAAGAAAACAAAGGCUUGGAUGUUCUGGUGGAGUACCUGUCGUUUGCACAGUACGCGGUAACUUUUGACUUUGAAAAUGUGGAAAACACUGUGGAGAGCUCGGUGGACAAAUCAAAGCCCUGGAGCAGGUCCAUCGAGGACCUGCACAGAGGGAGCAACCUGCCCUCCCCCGUGGGCAACAGCGUGUCCUGCUCGGGAAGACAUUCUGCACUGCGAUAUAAUACUUUGCCAAGCAGAAGAACCUUGAAAAAUUCAAGAUUAGUGAGUAAGAAAGAUGACGUACAUGUCUGUAUCAUGUGUUUGCGAGCCAUCAUGAAUUAUCAGUAUGGUUUCAACAUGGUCAUGUCUCACCCACACGCUGUCAACGAGAUUGCACUGAGCUUGAACAACAAGAACCCAAGAACCAAAGCCCUUGUGCUGGAGCUGCUGGCAGCCGUGUGUCUUGUCAGAGGCGGACACGAGAUCAUUUUAUCAGCGUUUGACAACUUCAAGGAGGUUUGUGGAGAAAAACAGCGCUUUGAGAAGUUAAUGGAACAUUUCAGGAAUGAAGACAAUAACAUCGAUUUUAUGGUGGCCUCCAUGCAGUUUAUUAAUAUUGUAGUCCAUUCAGUAGAAGAUAUGAAUUUCAGAGUUCACCUCCAGUAUGAAUUUACCAAGUUAGGCCUGGAUGAAUACUUGGAUAAACUGAAACACACCGAGAGCGACAAGCUGCAGGUGCAGAUCCAGGCGUACCUGGACAACGUGUUUGACGUGGGAGCGCUGCUGGAAGAUGCUGAGACCAAGAAUGCCGCCUUGGAGAGGGUGGAAGAGCUGGAAGAAAACCUCUCUCAUUUGUCUGAAAAACUGCAAGACACGGAGAAUGAAGCCAUGUCCAAGAUCGUGGAGCUGGAGAAGCAGCUCAUGCAGAGGAACAAGGAGCUGGACGUGGUUCGAGAAAUCUACAAAGAUGCAAAUACCCAGGUUCACACGUUAAGGAAAAUGGUCAAAGAAAAAGAAGAAGCCAUUCAAAGACAGUCUACCCUGGAAAAAAAGAUUCAUGAACUGGAGAAACAAGGGACCAUUAAAAUUCAGAAGAAAGGGGACGGGGACAUCGCCAUUCUGCCUGUUGUGGCAUCUGGCUCAUUGUCUGGGGGCUCCGAGGUGGCAGCGGGAAGCUUUGUGGCACCAGGAACGGGGGCCGCCUCCUCAGGACCCCUGCCCCCUCCUCCCCCACCACUACCUCCCUUGUCCGAUGCACUUGAAGCAGUGCAAAAUGGUCCAGUAACACCACCUAUGCCGCCCCCUCCUCCACCCCCUCCCCCUCCUCCCCCUCCCCCACCUCUACCUGGUCCUGCAGCGGAGACUGUGCCAGCUCCUCCUUUACCGCCACCCCUUCCUCCUUCCGCACCCCCACUGCCUGGGACGUCUUCACCCACAGUGGUUUUCAACUCAGGAUUAGCAGCUGUGAAAAUAAAGAAGCCAAUCAAGACGAAAUUCAGAAUGCCAGUGUUUAACUGGGUUGCCCUGAAGCCAAAUCAGAUCAAUGGCACAGUCUUCAAUGAGAUUGAUGACGAGCGAAUUCUGGAGGAUUUAAAUGUGGAUGAAUUUGAGGAAAUAUUUAAGACGAAAGCCCAAGGUCCUGCCAUCGAUCUUUCUUCAAGCAAACAGAAGAUAACCCAGAAGGGAUCCAACAAAGUGACGUUAUUAGAAGCAAACAGGGCCAAAAACCUUGCCAUAACUUUAAGGAAAGCUGGGAAGACCGCCGAUGAGAUCUGUAAAGCUAUCCAUGUAUUUGACUUGAAGACACUGCCUGUGGACUUUGUGGAGUGUUUGAUGAGGUUCUUGCCAACGGAGAACGAAGUGAAAGUGCUUCGGCUCUAUGAGCGGGAGCGGAAGCCGCUGGAGCACCUGUCGGAUGAGGACCGGUUCAUGAUGCAGUUCAGUAAGAUCGAGAGGCUGGUGCAGAAGAUGACCAUCAUGGCCUUCAUCGGGAACUUCGCCGAAAGCAUUCAGAUGCUUACCCCUCAACUGCACUCCAUUAUAGCAGCGUCUGUCUCUAUAAAGUCGUCUCAAAAACUCAAGAAAAUUCUGGAGAUCAUCUUGGCCCUUGGGAACUAUAUGAAUAGCAGUAAACGAGGAGCAGUUUAUGGAUUUAAACUUCAGAGCUUAGACCUGCUUUUAGAUACAAAGUCAACAGACCGAAAGCAAACACUGUUGCACUAUAUAUCGAAUGUUGUAAAAGAAAAAUAUCACCAAGUGUCCCUAUUUUACAAUGAGCUGCAUUAUGUGGAGAAAGCCGCUGCAGUCUCCCUUGAGAAUGUCCUGCUGGAUGUCAAGGAGCUGCAGAGGGGCAUGGACUUGACCAAGAGGGAGUACACCAUGCACGACCAUAACACGCUGCUGAAGGAGUUCAUCCUCAACAACGAGGGGAGGCUGAAGAAGCUGCAGGACGACGCCAAGAUCGCACAGGACGCCUUUGAUGAUGUGGUGAAGUAUUUUGGAGAAAACCCCAAGACGACACCCCCCUCUGUCUUCUUUCCUGUCUUUGUCCGGUUUGUGAAAGCCUACAAGCAAGCGGAAGAGGAGAACGAGCUGAGGAAGAAGCAGGAACAAGCCCUCAUGGAGAAACUCCUGGAGCAGGAGGCGCUGCUGGAGCAGCAGGACCCGAAGUCUCCUUCUCACAAAUCCAAGAGGCAGCAGCAAGAAUUAAUUGCAGAAUUAAGAAGGCGUCAAGUUAAAGAUAACAGACACGUAUACGAAGGAAAAGAUGGUGCCAUUGAAGAUAUUAUCACAGAUCUUAGAAACCAGCCAUACAGACGAGCCGAUGCGGUGAGGAGAAGUGUCAGGCGGCGCUUUGAUGAUCAGAACUUGCGUUCUGUUAAUGGUGCCGAAAUAACCCUGUGAACCCGAGACCUGACUGAAUGAAAAGAGGGUGUGCGUGAAAGAAACUGUCCACAUGAACUUUAUGUGCUACCAUUUAACUGCAGCCUUGAACAUACAUAAAAUAUUCUAAGGGCUCAGAUUUAGCGAACAGGAAUUUUUAAAUGACGGGCUCUCCUUUCAACCUUUGUUAACAAGUGCCUAAAAGUGGAAGUACCUGCUCAGAUUAAUCUAAGCAAUAGGAUUUGAUUUGAUUAGGUAUCUUUUUUACACCGGUAUGUUAUUCAAUUUUUUAAUCAAAUUGUAAAUUUCAUUUUACAUGCAUUACCUGCCAUUGUGAUUGUCCCAUGAUGGCCCACCCUGGUUUCCUAAUAAGUUGUAAAUAACAUGGAUGCCUCUGCUGUGGGCUUCCUUUGCUGAGAUGUCUUUUAAGGAAUUAAUUUUGUGUUUCAGCCAUAUUUUUAAGGUCUUGCAACAUAGAAGGAGAAAGUCACAUGAUAAACUCCUUCUGUCCAUAAGCAAGCUCCAGCCAAGUACAGACAGGAUGCAAUUACAUACAGUAGCACAGGGGAAGAAGUUACUUAGCAUCUCCUUUCACAUUCUACUGCUUCUGUGCUAGAGGACCACGCCCUCCCCGUGCCAGAUCCACCGGUAUGAAUGCAAGGAUAUCACAGCACACAAAUGUUGUAUAAAACUUAUUUGCAGUACUGUGUUCUUCAGCUAGGGGCAGCUUUAAAAAAAAUAAUGCAAAUGUAUUUAUUAAUUAGUACUAAAAUUAACAUCUCAGUAAUCAGUAUUAGGAUUUCUGAGGACCAUUAUGGGUCAAACCUGAGAACAGAAAUCAGUGCCUUGCUAGCCAGGGAGAAGUUCACUAGUUGUAUCAAGUAUUCAAGAUUACUUCUGCCAAGCCGAGUAGUGUUAGUAACGUGGCCUUGCUCUCCUCUGACAAUCGGUUGUUUUCCCCCCGCCCCCUUCUUCCUUUUGUAAAUUGGAGAAGAUAUAUUUGGCAUCCUAGAUCAAAGCUAAGAACUUGUAUUUCCCAGAUGACUUUAUGGAGAAUUGCUGAAAUAGUCACACUGGGAUUAAGCAUAAAUGAUAUGUAAUGGGACUAAAUGGCCAACUAAGCCACUGUUACUUUCCUUCCUCUCUGGCAGGGCACUCGAUCCAUUCCAAAGUCAAAAACUGGACUGAAGCUAAUUUGUACUUUUCAUAAUACACAUCCUGCUUCUGGCUUACCUUCUGGGUACAUUGCAUCAAUAUAUUAAUUGUAAAGUUUAUUGUAUAGUAUUUAACCACUGAAUUUCUUAUUUUAUGUUGUGCUUAUGUGAACUCCUUGGUGAAGGUCCAAUUUUCCUUGGAUAAUGUGUAGUUAUAUAUGAUCUCUUUUUAAAUGUACAGAUAUUUUGCUAUAAAAUUGGUGCAGUUUUUUAUGGUUUUUACACUUCUCUUUAAUUCCCAAGCCUCUGGGUAAUAUUGUAAAUAUUGUUUAAAAAUGCAUCAGCCUAUGCUAUACAAUCUGAAUGUUAUUUUAACUUAUAGUUUUUUUUUUUAAUAUAUAUAUUUAACUACAAGGACAGUUUCGGGAUCAGUUACACAUUUCACUUUAGCAUACCUAUUUACAGGAAGAUUGCUUUUAAACUGCUACCCGCCAGCAAAUUUUCAUAAAUGUGUACUUAAGAAAGAACAUGCCAAGAUGUUGUCUGUUGAUUCAACAUUCACUUUGAUGAUAAAUCAAUUCAACCAUGAGAUACACAAUACACACUGUUGGUUCUUUACCACAAGCAGCCAUUUCCCAAAGCUCAAUGCUGAUGAGCACAUUAAAAUAAUUGCUAUUUAUUAAUCUACAAGUAGACAAUAAUGUUGGCAUGUUCUUUUCUGUUUGUCUAUUAAUGGGCCUGCUUCUUAGCAAUAUUAGAAAUGUUUUAUAAAAGCAGUUCAUGUUACUUUUCUGGUCUUUUCAUGGCAUUAUGAGCAAAUAAACUAUUUACACUACUAGACUGUAA